UCCUCAGAAAUGAACGAACUUUACUUAAAAAACCCGAAGUGAAAGCAGAAUAUGACAAAGCAAUUAUGGAAUAUUUGGAACUCGGACAAAUGAAGAAAAUAGAAUACAUUACCCUUCUGUUAAAGCGACCCAAUAUUACUUACCACACCACGCAGUCAUUAAACCCGAUCGUAUAACCACGAAAUUGCGUGUGGUAUUUAAUGCAUCUUGCCCUACGUCAAAUAACAAAAGCUUAAAUGACGUCUUACAUAUCGGGCCUACUUUACAGAAAGACCUUGUCAUUCUGAUCACAAAUUGGCGACUCUUCCAAUUCGUUUUUAAUGCGGAUAUUCAGAAAAUGUACCGGCAAAUACUCGUAGACCCUAAUCACACUCGGUUCCAAAGGAUAUUAUUUAGAUAGUCCCCGGAAGACACAAUAGAAGACCCUCAUGAAGCUAGCCGAUGAUGUUGAAGAAACCCACCCAUUAGCAGCCAAAAUACUUCGCCAGGAAAUGUAUGUAGACGAUGUUUUAGCUGGAACAUAUGACCUGACCACGGCAAAGUCAGCACGAGAUGAACUCAUUUCCGCUCUGAAGUCCCCAGGAUUCGCUCUGCGAAAUUGGACCUCCAAUGACCCACACAUUCUGAAAGGACCUCCACAGGAUCAUCUUUUAGAGACGGAAACACUCAACCUUUCGGAACCCGAGAACACCAAAACUCUGGGCAUUCGAUGGAACUCCAAAAAUGAUUCAUUUUUCUUCCUCGUCAAUCCAAUGGAGAAAAAACCCGCACACACCAAACGAGAAGUUUUAUCAGCCAUGGCAAAAUUGCUUGACCCAGCCGGUUGGCUUAGUCCAAUAAUAAUCACGGCAAAAAUAAUUAUGCAACAAAUAUGGCUAGAUAAAACUGACUGGGAUGAAAGCCUGAAGCCCCUCAUCUAUUGAAUUGCAACCUCUGGUGGCAUGGACCCCAAUGGCUACAACAUGAAAAAGAGCAUUUUCCAGCAACGGAGAAAACAUACAACACUACCGUGGAAUUCAAACCCGUUAUGACGUUUGCGAUAACCACCCAAGAGGACAUACUCGAAAGGUUUUCCUCAUUCCCCACAGCUAUUCGCGUUAUCGCUUACCUAUUCAUGUUUUGCGCAAAUGCCUCACCAAGGAGGCGAGAAAUUGAUUACUCAAACCACGAAAUAACCCCGGAAGAGUUCAAAACAACCCGAAUGAAGUUAACUAUUCACACCCAAAAAACACAUUUCCGAGAAGAAUAUGAUGCAUUGACCCAUAAAACCCAAAUACAUAAGAAAAGUUCAUUAUUGACUUCAAAUCCAUUCAUUGAUCCUAAAGGAGUUAUGCGAAGUGACGGAAGAUUAACCAAUUCCACAGCGCUAUCAUAUAAUGAGCGCCACCCUAUCUUAUUAUCCUAUAAUAGUCGUAUAACAAAAUUACUAACUCAAUUUACCCAUUUAGCAACGUUACACCGCGGAAAUCAGUUAGUUCUCCGACUCCUAAGAACAGAAUUCUGGAUACCCAAAGCAAAGAUGCUGAUUAAAACAAUAAUUCAUCAAUGCAAAACGUGCAUCAUACACAACAAGGCUCAACAAACCCAAAUAAUGGCAGCUCUUCAAAAUGAACGAACCAUCCUAACCCGGCCGUUUGCUGCCACUGGUAUCGACUUUGCUGGACCCUAUGACGUCAAAAACUACACUGGGAGGGCAUGUCUAAUCACCAAAGGAUAUAUAUGUGUAUUUGUAUGCUUCUCAACUAAAGCAAUACAUCUCGAACCCGUUAGCGAUCUCACUACGCAAGCCUUCCUAGCAGCAUUCUUCCGUUUCUUCUCGAGGCGUGGAUGUCCCGCUAAUCUUUAUUCCGACAACGGAACAAACUUUAUAGGAGCUUCACAGUUGCUAAUGAAAGAUCGGCGUGAAUUAUUACAGACACUUCGAACUCAAAUUACAUCUCUCCAUAGCCAUCAAAAUAUCUCAUGGCACUUCAACCCAACUCCACAUAUGGGUGGAUUAUGGGAAGCAGGCGUAAAAAGUCUAAAAACCCACCUAAAAAAGAUCAAAACAUUACAAAAAUUCAUGUUUGAAGAAUUUGCUACCCUAUUGACCCGCAUUGAAAGUUGUUUAAACUCUCGGCCAAUAAGCCCCAUAAUCGACGACUCAUCAAACUUGAAACAUCUAACUCCAGGACACUUCCUUAUAAGUACCCCAUUGUUAACCCCAGCCGAACCCAAUUUAGAGGAUGCAAACUUAAGCAUCGUUAACAGAUGGCAGAAACUAAAAAUACUCUACCAGCACAUUUGCAAGAGAUGGAAGGAAGAGUACCGUAAAGAGCUAUCGUUGGAGAUUGGAGCGGAUAUAUACCCUCAAAUUAUCAGAAGUGGACUCUUCAAACCCGAUAAUGGUACAGUGGUGGCGCAGAAUACAGCAUUUGGCUGGACCCUUACUGGCAUCAUCUAACCCUAAAUUCUGCAAGGUGGCCGCGAUGUUUAAUCCAAACAAAUACUCCUCUGCGUUACUCCCACAAAUUACAUAAAGUAAAAGAGGCGUAAUGCAGAGGAAUAUCAACCGCCCCAACUUCACACACAAGAACAGAAGGGGAAACAAAAGAAGACGAUUUUCCCGCGCAUUUACCAAAAAGGUCAUUAUUAUCCCGCCAACACAGCAAUCAAGCAUAAGUGAAAACACAAGCGAACACGGAGUGAACACACAAGUAAAAUAUAAGCCAACAUAGAGUAAAGUUAAUUAUAAUAAAGUGAACACAACUAGUGAGACAAAUUACAGUGAACACGGAGAGCAAAACGUUUUUAAACAAGGAAUCCACACAACAUUAAACAGCGAUACUCCACAUCAACAACAACAACACAGGAUAAAGGAAUUUGCACCCACAACAGGUUACAACACAUGAAAUUAUUAACAUAGAAUUACAUAUAUCUAUAAAUUAAACCAAUUAACCCAUAUUGGCAACACGCACACACA